CAACCACAGCAACAACAAUGCGAUAAUACAAAAUCUCUUGUGUUUUUUUAAGAUGCAACCUGUAUAUAUAUACAUAUAUAUAUAACUUUUAUCACAUAAACAAAGAUAAUUGAUACAGAAUAAACAUGUUUAUCCCAAUGCAAACCACUCUUGUUUUAUCUAGCUGAUCUAGAAUCACUAUUGCUCUUGGACUCUUUUUUUUUUUUUUUUUUUUAAUUUUAGUGGCCCUUGAACUCUUAAAAAAAAAACAAAAAAAAGGAUUUUUCUUCUCGAUUGUUUUGGAGAAAAAAGAAAAAAGAAAAAAGAGGGGGAAAAAACAAAAAGUUUGAACUAUAUGGUUGGUACUUGGUAGUUUGUGACAAUAACAGCCGCAAAACAUGUAAUUGAACAUUGGGCCGAAGCCGCCAAACCCAUUAGUCUUAUUUCAGGCCAAACGACGUCGGAUUGGCGCAAAAGUUAAAAGUUUCGUAAACCUCCUCAGAAUCCGUUGCGUUCUUCCCUCGCUCCCUUCUCUCUUGAUAACUUGCAGUGUCGACGCCUCUGUUUACUCUGUUGAAGACUGAAAAAGCAGUAUCCUAAGGAAGCUGUAACAUGGCCUUAGUCAAAUCCAAGCUACUUUUCUCUCGUUUUCUUUCUUCUCUCUCCCAAAGCAAGCUCAAACUUCACUAUUUCUCUUCAGCUUCACAAGUAGAUCUUCCAGAGGAGGACACAAACGAUAAUCCCAAAAAUGCCCCCAACACUAGCUUAUCCACAGAAGAAACCCUAAUAGCCGACAAACUUCAUGCUCUGAUCAAAGACCACCACCGCAAAAAUCCUCAGCCUAAUCCUAACCCUUGUCCCCCAAGCCCAACCUUCACAAUCCCCGCGCUUUCCCUCGACUUCUCCCAAAUAACAGCCGACCACUCCAUAUCCUCCGGCAUCGUGCGCCGUGUGAUCGAGAAAUGCCAUGGGGUCCGCCACGGCAUUCCCGUGCUCCAAGCACUGGCCUUCUUCAACUGGGCCACGGCCCGAGACGGCUUCGAUCACUCGCCGGAGCCCUACAACGAAAUGAUCGACCUUGCUGGGAAAAUAAGGCAAUUCGACCUGGCUUGGCACUUAAUAGAUUUGAUGAAAGCCCGGAAUGUUGAAAUUACAGUGGAGACCUUUUCGAUCCUUGUUCGCCGGUACGCUCGUGCCGGUUUGGCUGCAGAGGCAGUGCACGCAUUUAACCGAAUGGAGGAUUAUGAUUGCAAGCCUGACAAGAUUGCUUUCUCGAUCGUGAUCAGUGUUCUAUGUAAGAAGAGAAGGGCAAGUGAAGCUCAAUCAUUCUUCGAUAGCUUGAAGCACAAGUUCGAGCCCGAUGUGAUUCUGUACACAAGCCUAGUUCAUGGGUGGUGUCGUGCUGGUAACAUUUCGGAAGCCGAGAGAGUUUUCAGGGAAAUGAAGGCGGCCGGGAUUAAACCAAAUGUGUAUACCUACAGUAUCGUGAUCGACGCCUUGUGCCGUUGCGGCCAAAUUACCCGAGCCCAUGAUGUUUUCUCGGAGAUGAUCGACGCUGGCUGCAGUCCCAAUUCCAUUACUUUCAAUAAUCUAAUGCGGGUUCAUGUUAAGGCGGGUCGGACGACAAAGGUUUUGCAGGUUUAUAAUCAGAUGAAGCGGCUGAAAUGCCCUGCGGAUACCAUUACCUACAAUUUUCUAAUAGAAUGUCAUUGUAAGGAUGAGAAUCUUGACGAGGCUGUUAAGGUGCUUAAUACCAUGGCUGCCAAUGGUUGUAGCCCAAAUGCAGCUACUUUCAAUCCCAUAUUCAGAGGCAUUGCCAAGUUAAAGGAUGUCAAUGGUGCUCAUCGGAUGUAUGCUAAGAUGAAAGAUUUGAAAUGCAGGGCUAAUACGGUGACGUACAAUAUAUUGAUGCAAAUGUUUGCUGAGUCGAAGUCUACUGAUAUGGUUCUCAAGCUGAAGAAGGAAAUGGAUGAGAAUGAAAUCGAGCCUAACGUGAAUACCUACAGGGUUUUGAUCGUGAUGUAUUGCGGGAUGGGACAUUGGAAUAAUGCUUACAAGUUCUUCAGGGAUAUGAUUGAAGAAAAAUGCUUGAAACCAAGUCUGUCUGUUUAUGAGAUGGUUCUGAAGCAGCUGAGGGAGGCAGGACAGUUAAAGAAGCACGAGGAAUUGGUGGAAAAGAUGGUUGAUAGAGGAUUUGUAUCUCGACCAUUGUAGAAGAAGAAUAAAAUUAGUGUGCUUGUGAUGCUUGAGAUUUGAAUAUUG